GCAUCAGAACCUCAUGAAAGUCAGCAAAAAAAAGUCCAUACCAGCAGUGCUGAGGUGGACUCCAUCAGGCCUAAAAAGCUCAACCCGGUUGGCAGAAGUGCCUGGAGGUCCUAUGAUGAACCCAUGCAGCUCAGCAAUAGCAGGACCUACAAGCCUGUUAA